GGAGGCGCCGCGCCGCCGCCGCCAUGGCGUUCUCGGAGGAGGCGCUGCGGAAGCAGCUGGGCAAGUAUAAGUUCAGAGACCUGACCAUAGAAGAGCUAAAGAAUGUUAACAAGACCUACCCAAACUUCAUGUUCUCCAUGAACACAUACACCUUCAGGGAUGGAUCCCAGAAGGACCUCCUGAAUUUUAGUGGCACUGUUCCAGUGAAAUAUGGUAAUUUCUAUAACAUACCUAUUCAGCUGUGGAUUCUGGAUUCUCAUCCCUUCGCUCCCCCCAUUUGCUUCUUGAAGCCGACUGUGAACAUGGGCAUUUCAGUGGGAAAGCAUGUUGAUGCUCAUGGCAGGAUUUAUUUGCCCUACCUCCAAAACUGGAGCCAUCCUAAGUCAACUGUUAACGGAUUAAUCAAGGAGAUGAUUGCAAAAUUUGAGGAAGAGCUCCCUUUGUAUUCACUGUCUUCUUCUGAUGCAGCCAGGCAAUCAGAACUUCUCUCCUACAUAGCAAAGAUUACUGAAGGAGAGACUGACAUGAAAUCAAAGAGUAAAAUUGGUGGAGGCAAAAAUGAAGGAUGUUUUAACAAAAUAACUGUUGUUGGAGCUGGAGAUCUUGGCAUUGCGUGUGUGCUAGCAGUUGCCGCAAAGGGUGCUGCAGACAAGGUGGUUCUUUUGGAUCUUUCUGAAGGUGCAGCGAAAGGAGGGACUGUGGACUUGGAGAUCUUUGCUCUGCCAAAUGUGGAGAUCAGCAAAGAUUUUUCUGCUUCAGCUGAUUCAAAGGUUGUAGUACUUACAGUUAAUUCUCUGGGUAAUGCUCAGACAUAUCUUGAUGUCAUACAAAGCAAUGUGGAUUUGUUCAGAGGAAUUAUCCCAGCAAUAUCACACUACAGUCAGAACACUGUUCUCCUCGUUGCUUCUCAUCCAGUUGAAGUAAUGACCUAUGUGUCAUGGAAGCUGAGCGCAUUUCCCAAAAGCAGAGUUAUUGGAGUAGGUGCCAACCUAGAUACUGAGAGAUUUCAGUAUAUACUGACAAACCUUCUGAAAGCACAGGUGCUGGCAAAAGAUGCUUGGAUUAUCGGUGAACAAGGGGAAGACAAAGUACCAUCAUGGACCAAUUGUAAUUUAGUUGCAAAUCAAACAGAAGCAAUGGCUGCUCGUAACUCAAGGGAAAAGAUGGCUAACAGAGCUUUGGAAGUUCUAAAGGGAAAAGGUCAGAGAUCUUGGUCUGUUGGGCUCUCAGUUGCUGAUUUGACUGACAGUAUACUGAAAGAUAAAAGAAAAGUGCAUUCUGUAUCCACUUUGGCAAAGGGAUGUUGCAAUAUAAACAGUGAAGUAUUCUUAAGUCUACCAUGUAUUCUUGGAACCAAUGGAGUGAUUGAAAUGGUCAAGCUAGAAGAAGAUCCACUAGUGCAAGAGAAACUGCAGAGCAGUGCAGGAUCAAUUAAUGACCUUCAGCAGCAACUGAAACUGGGUGUUUUUUAGGUUGAUGCUUCUGCUCUGCGCUCAUCAUCCUCACAUUUGUGUCAUACUCCUUGAAAAAUAACCAAAGGCCCGCAGCUGCGUGGGUGGACGGGCUGGGAAACAGCACUUUACGAUUUUCACGGGAACGCGAUUCCCAGAACUGCUUUUCCACAAUAAAGCGCACUACGAACCCCUU